ACCGCCAUACAAAAAAAGAAGAAGCAGAAGAAGAAGUAUUUCCUGUUCAGUUCUUUCGUGUGUAGCUGGUCAGCUGACUGACAGCCAUGCGAUUCCGUUUCUGUGGAGAUUUGGACUGUCCAGACUGGGUACUUGCCGAAAUCAGCACAUUAGCGAAGCUUUCAAGUGUCAAAAUGAAACUCCUCUGUGCUCAAGUGCUGAAGGAUUUGCUCGGGGAUGGCAUUGAUUAUGACAAGGUUACAAAGCUAACUGCAGAUGCAAAGUUUGAGAGCGGAGACAUCAAAGCUAGUGUGGCAGUGCUCAGCUUCAUUUUCUCCAGUGCAGCGAAGCAUGAUGUUGACAGUGAAUCUCUGUCCAGUGAGCUGCAGCAGCUCGGUCUGCCUAAAGAACACACAACGGGGCUCUGCAAAUCAUAUGAAGACAAGCACUCGGCGCUGCAAGGCAAACUAAGAGAGACAAGCCUGAGAUUGGGCAGACUGGAGGCUGCGUCAUGGCGCAUUGACUACACUCUGAGCUCCAGUGAGCUGAGGGAAGUGAAUGAACCGAUAAUUCAGCUUAAACUGCAGACACAAGGAGCAGAGUCAGGUUCCACAGAGACGACUGUUGUUUCUGUUUCCGCUGACAAGUUCAGAAUCUUGCUUGCAGAGCUCAAACAAGCCCAGACCAGGAUGAAUGCACUACAAUGAGGAUGAUCACGAGCC